GAGGUUUUGAAUGUCCUAGUCUGCGCAUGCGCACUUCUGAUGAGUGAUUCGACGCUGAGUAGCUAGCAUCUCGUCAGAUCUGUGCUUUCUCUGCAUUCGCUCACUUCUCGUGAACAGUUAUUGUUUAACAGCUGGUCAUUUCUACCGAGCGGAACUACCGUGACCGAGGCGUGAAAGAAUAUGCCCAAAAAUAAAGGUAAAGGAGGUAAAAAUCGGCGACGUGGAAAGAACGAAAAUGAGUCUGAGAAGAGGGAGCUGGUGUUCAAGGAGGAUGGACAGGAAUACGCUCAGGUGAUUAAAAUGUUGGGGAACGGACGUCUGGAGGCGAUGUGCUUCGAUGGAACCAAGCGGCUUUGCCACAUCAGAGGAAAACUCCGGAAAAAGGUCUGGAUUAACACGUCGGACAUCAUCCUGGUCGGGCUGAGGGAUUAUCAGGACAACAAAGCUGACGUCAUCCUUAAGUACAACGCAGACGAGGCUCGCAGUUUGAAAGCGUACGGAGAGCUGCCAGAGCACGCCAAAAUCAACGAGACAGACACAUUUGGACCUGGAGACGACGAUGAGAUUCAGUUCGAUGACAUUGCAGAUGACGAUGAGGACAUUGAUGAUAUCUAAAAUCCUGCCACUGGAGGGAGAAGGUGGGAUUUUGUUAGAGAUGCUCCGAUUGGGAUUUUUCGAGCCGAACACAGCGCACCGAAAAUAAUUAUUUUUAUUAAGAUCAGCCUAUGCCAGUCCAAUACAGUUUAUUAAUAUACAGUAUGUUUAAUCCAGCUUGUUCAUCAUCAGUAGACAUCUUUGUUGUUUGGAGAACUUUAAGUGCAUUUCACACGGGGGGAGAUCACCAUCAGUACUUUGAUUUAUUAGACAAGACGCUGCUUUAGAGACUGUCUCAGUUAUCAGACGGAGACCACUGAGGAUGAUGAUUAUGAAGAUGAUGAUGACGCCGACAGUUUGCUUUCCCCACCUUUGUGGAGAAUCUGAGCUGAUCGACUGCAUCAUACGUGUAAGGUGAACAUCUGGAGCAUUUCUAGAUUUUUACCCUUUGCUUCCAGCUGCAACAGAAAAAGGCAAAUCUGCCAUCUCAGUUUUGAUUUUUUGUUUCCUCCUUAAUUUUACACACAGCUGUGCAGAAAACACACUCAUUGUCUCAUGACUGCAAAAUAUCUCACACCUAGUGCAUGUCAUCUUUUAAAAAUGUAUUUAUAUUCAUUUCACACUGUGGAAUUUACAAACGAGUACAGAAUCUCUGGAUUCGCCAAUAAAAACAUUAACUAGUUUGUGUUUUUCCUCCUUGAUCGUUUAUCGUUGUUUGUUGAUGGCAGAAAGAAUGCGUUGACCUCCACGGUGGCUUUUUGCUCCCUUUCCUUUACGCCCUGCCUGCUCACAUAAGCUCGUAUUUUUAGUUUACACCCAGGCUGAAUGAAGGCAAUCCUGCUCCCCUAAAAUCAAAAGAAGACUCAGAUGUAUUUCUCUGUUUACUUCCCUCGUUUGUCUUUCUGUUGUUGUUUCCUUGUCCUCUCUUUGAACUCUUUGCUGCUCGCAAUUCCGGUCGCUAGACCAGCGGUUCCCAAACGUUCCCCUUGCAGACAUCCCCACCAGUUAAACCAGUAAAACCUCACAGCACAGCCAUUUAUCAUUGCAUAGAACCUCUAGAAAAAUCAGUGAUUUAUAUCUGCAGCAUAUUAUAUCUAUUUCCCCUCCUCGCAGUCCCCGAGGAGGCCCAGCACCUCAGUUUGGGAACCACUGCUCUAGCCGACGUGGGGCCUGUUGCUGUUGUAACUGAAUUAAUAAAAAAUUAAAAUGUACUAUGAUGUUUGAAGGCUGGGUUUCCAAUAAAGAUCUUAACUCCA